UCAAAGGCUCAAACACCAUUGGUGGAAUCGCCGACUGUUCAUCCUCGGGGGGCGGUAUUGAAGGAGUCCAAAUUUCCGGUUCCGGUAGUACCGGGAGCCGAGUCGAGAUGGAGGAAGAUGCGACCGGCGGACGGCAUUCACUGGGAACGGCCGAUAGAGUGGGGGCUGCGGCCUAGAGGUCCGGGCUUGGAGUUUGCCUCAGACGCGGUGAAGCCGCCGGAGUCUGAGAAGGCUGGAAUGCAGUGGUGUGAUCACGACUCACUGCAGCCUCAACAUCCCAGGCUCAAGCGAUCUUCCCACCUCAGCCUCCCAAGUAGCUGGGACCACAGAUGCAUGCCCCUAUGCUUAUUUUUAUAUACUGUUGAGAUGGGGUCUCCCUAUGUUGCCUAGGCUGGUCUUGAACUCCUGGGCUGAGGUGAUCCUCCCACCUUGGCCUCCCAAAGUGUUGGGAGUAUAGGCAUGAGCCACCGCGUCCGGCCUUUCCCUCUGUAUCUUGUGUCUAUUCUCCAGAGCAAUAUGGUGUCUCCUUGAACAGACGGUUUCUUGAAGUCAGAGUCUAUCUUCUCUGUCACUUCUCCGCCUUCAUUGUCUAAGACUGAGUUUGUGGUUUAUGUGCUUAGAGUUAAAAGCCUGGGGUCCAAUGUGUCCUGUACUCUGUAGUUCUCCAGACUCUUCAGGGAAACUACUGAGCUCUCAGGUGGUUCUUUUCUGUUUUUCUCAGAGUGAGUUAUCUAAUAACCAAAGAGGACUCUGCCCUUUGGCCUGUUCCUGACUUUCUAGCUCCUUUUGCUGGAGGAGAGGGAGGUGAUGGGGGGUGCCCUGUGCUGUGAAAGCCCCACUUGCCCUCUUCCCUACACUUUCUUCCAAUGCAGAUGGGAGAAAAUAUCAUAUAAAUGUAGUAAGUAUGGAUCAGGGGAGCUCUGAGGGGCCAGCAAGGGAAACCAGAGACAAAAUGAGUUGGCUGGUAGGUGGCGAUCACAGGAACCCUGCUGACUGCAGGGCCAAAGGUGGUGCCUCCUCAGUGGGCCCAGGAGCAUCAAAACUGAAACAGUCCCUUUCAACCUUCAGGAGCCCCCUAAAUGUAACUUACUGACAUCUCAUUCACCUGCCUAAAGGCCCUGCUUCCUGCCAGGUAUUUAGUUGUCCAUAGCAUCCUGAGCUCUGCCUGGGUGAGCCAGACAAAAAGAAUACUCCCUGGCCAGGGUGGUGACACCAGGGCCUAGACAGAGGCAGAGAGUCAGGAUAGAAGAUCCUGUAAGCUGGGGUAGGGAGCUGAGGAGGGCAUGGAGCCAGGAGAAUCACUGAAGUGAGGGACAGUUUCUAGGGGAGGGAACCUGAGUAAGGAAUGCCUGGCCAAGGACAGAGAAGGGGACAUUCUCCUGAUCUAUAAAGGAAGAUUCAAGUGGGGAUUGACAGAGCCAGGCUGGGUAGAGUCCAAGCUUUGGGCAGGUGACUGUCCAGGAGAUGAGGCCUGAGAAUGGGGCUUCAGAGCCCAGCCAGAAGGGGAAAGCACAAAGUUCCAGCCUCCUUCCUCUCAUCCCUCCAUGCUGCUCGACUCCCAGGUCUUCAGACACCAUGGAGGACAAACGAAACAUCCAGAUCAUCGAGUGGGAACACCUGGACAAGAAGAAGUUCUACGUGUUUGGUGUGGCAAUGACAAUGAUGAUCCGUGUCAGCGUCUACCCAUUCACCCUCAUCCGCACCCGGUUGCAAGUGCAGAAGGGGAAGAGCCUCUACCAUGGGACUUUUGAUGCCUUCAUCAAGAUCCUGCGAGCAGAUGGUAUCACUGGCCUCUACCGGGGGUUCCUGGUCAAUACCUUCACCCUCAUCUCUGGCCAGUGUUAUGUCACCACUUAUGAGCUCACCCGGAAGUUUGUAGCUGACUAUAGCCAGAGCAACACAGUCAAAUCACUGGUGGCUGGUGGCUCAGCCUCCCUUGUGGCCCAGAGCAUCACAGUGCCCAUUGAUGUAGUCUCCCAACACCUGAUGAUGCAGCGCAAGGGUGAGAAAAUGGGCCGCUUUCAGGUGCGGGGGAACCUAGAGGGACAAGGUAUAGUUGCCUUUGGCCAAACCAAGGACAUCAUCAAGCAGAUCCUGCGGGCUGAUGGACUGCGUGGCUUCUAUCGAGGCUACGUGGCUUCACUGCUUACCUAUAUCCCCAACAGUGCCGUCUGGUGGCCCUUCUAUCACUUCUACGCAGAGCAGCUCUCCUACCUGUGUCCUAAGGAGUGCCCUCACAUUGUCUUUCAAGCCAUCUCGGGACCCCUGGCUGCAGCCACUGCCUCCAUCCUCACCAAUCCCAUGGAUGUCAUACGAACCCGUGUGCAGGUUGAGGGCAAGAACUCCAUCAUCCUGACCUUCAGACAGCUGAUGGCAGAAGAAGGGCCUUGGGGCCUCAUGAAGGGCCUCUCGGCCAGAAUUAUCUCAGCCACACCUUCCACCAUUGUCAUUGUGGUGGGUUACGAGAGCCUCAAGAAACUCAGCCUCCGACCUGAGCUGGUGGACUCGAGACACUGGUAACCAUCGGUGGGGAGAGAAGCCUGCUGUUUUCUACACUAUUGUGGGUCAGGGACAGAGUGGAGAGGACAGCACCGUCUCCAAAUGCCCCCACCACACACCCGGCCCUGCCCUGGGCCAGGUGGCCUAUCUGGGAUAGGGAUAGAGACUUUGAACUGCUCUUGCUGACGAGGCUCCAUGCCUGGAUCCCUUGCCCCCACUAUUUAAAAUUAUCUUCUGAGCUGGGCUCCCUCACUCAGUCCCUGUAUUCGAUACUGGCCUAAAGACCCCACCUUCCACCCUACCAGCCCUUCUGGCUUCCCCCUCCAUCUGUGUCCCUGCGACCCUGAGAAGAGCUGUACAUAGAGCUUGCUUACUACCACUGGUUCUUCCUCUUGGGCUUUCAGCCCAGACUCCAAGCUGCUGCUAUCACCCCUCUCACCCUUCAUCUCUUAGCCUUUCUUAUUUUUAUUUUGGGACUGAGCUGCCCGCUAGAGGACUCUGCUUUUCCCUGCACUUGGGGCUACGGUACCAGGCACUUAUUUGCACAAGGAGCAGGAGCAGCAAAAAUCUCUGGUUCUCCAGAGCACUCUUCCUCUCUUUGGAGGGGUUAUUAGAUUGGGGAGAAAUGUUGAUACUUUAUUUUGUGUGUGCGUGUUUGUGUUUUUUAACAUCUGUGAACCGGGCUACUAGUCCUGCUAAAGCGCCAAUCCUGCUGUCAGAGCCCACCCCUUCCUAAGACAGGUAGAAAAAUGUAAUGUAGCAUUUUCCUCAAUCCAGUUCCCUGUCCCUUCAGUCUCAGGAGCCCUAGGAGAGUCUAAGCUGGGGUGUCCCCUAGCCCAGAGGACUCCCAUGGUGGGCACACUUCAAAGUGGAUCAGGCUGUCUUGGGUGCACUGGACUUGGAGCACCCAAGUCUACUUUUCUCAGGUUGAGAAAGUAGUUGAUAGAGAAGACAGCAGGAGGGCAUGUGUUCCCGAGCACAUCCACCCAGGCCAGCUAGAUCCUGGAUAGAGCACAUCCAUCCAGGCCAAACCUAGGAGAGGGCAGUAGAGAUUCCCUGCCCCGGGCAGCCAUGACAUACAUGUCCCCAAUCACUCAGACUCUUGGCAACAAAUGAUGUCUCACAAUGGGGAUCUCUAAGUUCUACAUCGCUGGAUGUAAAGUAUCCCAGUCAUGGUACCCUGUGGAGGGAUGCUAGAAGAACAUAAAGAGCAGUUCAGGAAGUCACCCGAUACCAGGACCACUGCAUCUACCAGCCUGAUACUGCCAAGAUUACCUGAUGCUUUCCUCAGGAGAUAGGAGAGGAGUGCUCCUUCUUCCCUGCCUCAUCCUCCCUACUGCUACUCCUUCCAAGCCUGUGAUGCAGGUAGAGAGGUGCAGCAAAUAGACAAGAAGGCAUGUCAAACCCUGCAUUUCUACCUGAGACAUUUGGCUUGGAUGGUCCUCCAAACCCUAUUGGUCCCACCCCCUGGGAAAGGCCAUGGUGCCAAUUUGAAAGGUGCUAGCUACCUGAAGCCUUGAUAUUUCUUAUGGCUGCUGCACAUUCUUCCACCUUGGCCAGAACAGGUUCUGAAAACCGUUUCUCUACCUUCACUACCACCACUGCCCAUCUCGAUCUCUGAGGGUUUUCCCCUUUCACUUGAUUUUAUUUCCCCCUGCACCUUGUGAAGAGAGUCCUCCAAUUUCUGUCCAGGAAUGGAAUGUUCACAUCCAAAGGGUUGGACCCACUCAUCAUUCUGAAUCUUCCUGCCCCUCCUCACCUCUUUACCCUGAGAACCACAAAUAUAAUGGAGCAGUGGGCCCCUCCCAUCUCUUUAAGCUCAUUCUAAGGAAGCCUCUGGAAGUUGGUUUUUGUCAGCUUCCUUCCUCCCCUAGAGACUGGUCCCAGUCCUUCCCCCUCCCUGGCACAGUGGGGAAAGUGUCAGUAGGGAAAGUGUCACCGACAGGAGGUAGGAUCCUGCCGCUGGCGUCUUAGUGUGUUUCUCCCCCGAGACUUUCCUUCUGUCUUGUCUUGUGCAGUAUUUUACAGCCUUUCAUAUGUCUGUCGUUCUGUUUCUCACACACACGCAGUUUUAAGGGUGAUGUGUAUAAUUAAAAGGACCCUUGGCCCAUACUUUCCUAAUUCUUUAGGGAUUGGGAUUGGGUUUGACUGAAAUAUGUUUUGGUGGGGAUGGGACGACGGACUUCCAUUCUCCCUGGAGUCCAAAACAGAAUCUUGGUUGUAUUGGUUGGUAACUAAAACUAAAACUCUGGAAGACUGGCCAAGGCGGGAAAACUGGUGGGAGCAUUGAGGAACAAGGGAAUGAAAAGGCAGACUCUCUGAACAUUUGAUAAAAUGGACUCCUGUGAACAUUAACAGUGAAUAUUCACUGUUGCACUGUACGAAGUCUCUGAAAUGUAAUUAAAAGUUUUUAUUGCGCCCCCCGA